UACCGCCGGUGACACUAAUCGUUUGAACGACAGGAUUCCUUUGCUUGGACAAACAAACAUUUCCUGGGGUCUGAUGCCGAACGCAUUUUCUGCUAACAGGACUCUGAUCGUAAAGGUAGUGGUUGUGCUCUCUUCAGUGCUCGUGCUCGCGGUGGUCGUUGUAUUUUUAGCGUUUUUCACACGCAAAAAGCAGGACGAUUGAAGUUGUCAAUCGUCAUCGCGACCGACCCGAAAUGCAACUGUGGUUUUGAGGUUAUGUUCGGGGCCCUGCAAUUUAUUAUUUUUACAUAUUUAUAAUUCGAACGCUGACAAUGAUUAAGGUACGCGCGACUAAGCAACUUUUAAGCCGUAAUUUGCUAAAAAAAUGCGGACAGUGUUUGUCUUCGACGGCCGUCGAACCGGCGAGGGAUGCCGAGCACGACAAAGAGUAUCAGAAACAGUUAAAAGCCUUCGAAACGUUAAGGCACGUGACUAGGAAGACGCGCGAGAAAAAACCGCAAAGGCCGCCGUUCGUUAAAAAUCUGCUGUUGGGUGUUUUCGAUACCGAGGUAUUAACGUAUCCCCAACUAGACAGGAUGGACGAGGUACGGGAUUUGGAAAACGACGCUGUUCAGUUGCGAAAGUUGUUGGGACGACCUCACAUGAAAACGGUCCGGGCUAUGUCGGACAAACAUUUCAGACAGAACUUGUCCGAUCAUCGUGCCAUUGGUUUGCAAGCCCCACAGUUAAUGGACGGCCGGGAAACCAACAUGAUGGAAAGCAUGAGAUUCUUGGAAUCAUUAUCGGACCACGGCUUGAGAGAUAGCCUCAUUUAUAAUGAACAGCUGAGUGUGCAAUCUUUGGUUAAGUUUGCAAAUGAUGAUUUGAAGAAAAAGUAUUUGCAUCCCAUGAUAACGGGCGAGAAGUUGGGAAGCUUUUGUUUGUUGGAGCAAAGAGUCGGUGAUAUUAAUUCUUUUGAAACUCGUGCGGAAGCUGCGGCUGAUCAAAAGAAUUGGGUUUUAAAUGGAUCCAAAAGCUGGGUAGUCAACGGACUCUCUGCAGAUUAUUACAUAGUAGUAGCUGUUACUGAUGUCAUACAGCGGGACACAGUGAAGCAAGUGAGGCUAUCAUUGUUUUUGGUGGAUAAACAUUCUCCGGGAGUUGCAUGGGAAAAACUUGAAUCAUCCGACACAGAACUGACCACCGUUACCUUGGAGAAUGUUCUUGUUCCCGCAGAAAAUGUUAUCGGUGAGCUGCACGAAGGUGAAUCCAUGUUGAAAUCCCUAAUAACCGAGUUCAGGUUGAGUUGCGGACCUAUCUCUAUCGCCCUAACCAAGCGCAUGCUCGGUAAGCUACACGAUGCGAUUGUGGAGCAAGUAACGGACGCGAACCCUCUCCACGAAACCGAGGCUGUGCGUUCUCGAAUAGGGGAGUUAACCAUCAAUCUGUACGGCAUGGAAAGCGUGACAUACCUCACUGCCGGGUUGAUGGAUUGGUAUGAAAACCAAGACUGUUUGGUCGAAAGCGCUAUAGUGAAGGCAUUUUGCUCGCAAGGCGCAUUCGACGCGUCCAACGCGUGCAUAGAGCUGAUGGGACUCCCCGCGGUGUCCAAGGACCAUUGGUGUCACGCUAUCCACGACGAAACGAUCAAAUAUCUGACGUUGCACGAGACUAACGACGCCCAAAAAUUAACGAUAGCGAUAGAGUGUUUCGCUCACGCGGGCAAAGCGCUGCAGGAGAAAAUAAAAAGACUGCGCAACCCCUACUUUAACUUGGGCUACAUGGUGGCGCACUCGUGGAGGAACCGUCGAAACGAGAACGACGAUCCCAAGCUCGAUCUCGGCCUCGUGCAGUACAUCCAUCCCAGCCUGGACGGCCCCUCGAAAUUCUUGGAGUAUUGCGUAAAACGUAUCGAGUUCGCGACCGAAGUGUUGCUGAGUCAGCACGGCUUAGACAUAGUCAAUCAGCACCUGCGGCUACGGCGGAUAGCCGAUUGCCUUAUUGACGUUUACGUCGCGACCGCGUGUCUAGGUAGGGCUUCGAGGGCUUACUGCAUCGGUCUGCAGCACGCCGAUGUGGAGAUGACCAUGGCGUCGGCCUUCUGCGUGAUGGCCAAGGACCGCGUCUCCCAACGCAUUACGGAGAUAUUUCGCGGACGGGGUUCCAUCGACGAAAACUACAACGUCAUAGGCAAGACGUUCUUUACGUACAAGGGCUACUUUGCCGCCCACCCGCUGACCAGGAACUUUUAGUUGAUGCGUUUAGGCACGUAAAUGUAAAUAAAAAGCGUUCACUUCUGCCGAAAGGUCGAUGUUAAUGUAGCGAUGCGGUAGUUCGAAUGACUCUCACGAAUACAAGACCAGAGGAACGUUUCUUAUUGUCUUUUGUGGACUCAGUGGUAUCAAGGUUAUAAUUGUUAUAAUCUACCGGUAUACAAGUUUUGUAAAUAAAAAGCAUUCAUCUCUAUACCAUGA